ACGUUGAACUUCAAAGUUGCUGGGAAAUAAUAUGAGACCCAGUCAGACCAGUUCCCCUGAGACAUGCCGAGAAACCUUGCUCGAAGACAUACAAACCUUUAGCCACUUCAGCUCAGCUCAGUCGCAAUUUAGAAUUUGAGUUGGACGGAGGUUUUCUUUUCAUUUUGAGAUCUUUCAUAUACAGAAAAAAAUUCAAUGAAUUUAUUGAUAAGUUUAGUGAUAUUAAGUGUAGCGUAUUCUGUGAUUUCACAAAGAUUAGAUCACCCAGCAUGUCAAAAUGGCUUCAAAUAUGUUUAUAUAAAUUCAAAAGUGGGAUGGAUUGGCAUGGGAUGGCUCUGGACAUCAGCAGACAGUCGAUUGCAUAACAUAACGCUUGAUUUGGAAUUUGCAACAGCUAAAUUGGAAGAUACCACCAAUUUGGGUGAACUGAGAAUUUUGCAUUUCCAUUUCCUGCGGCAACUCAAUAGUGAGAAGAGAUGGAAUGUUAAUUAUGAGCUCAUUUUCCCUAUACAAAAUCCAUUACCGGACAUGACGAAGCUCGUACUCAAUGGCGAUGUAAUUUGCGAAGCUCCUAAUUUGGAAUAUACACCACAGAAGCCUGAUUUGGUAAAAUUACAUCUUGAAUACAAUGAUUACUUAAAAGAACAAAGAUACACAGGUGAGCUGCUGAGAAAAACCACACCAACCGCUGCUCCUCCAUCUCAGCAAAUCAACGAAGAAGUAACGCAGGACAUCCAAGAAGAUGAUAGCAAUUCAAUUGAAUGUGGAAAAGUCGAUAAACCAAAUAUCCACGUGCCUUUAGUGCUAGAGGGGACGACUAUUCAAAAAGGAACAUGGCCAUGGCUUGUCUCAAUCUAUUCAUACUCCAAACUGCGUUUAGGAUUCAAAUGUGGAGCCACAUUGGUUUCCAAGAAAUUAGUAAUCACUGCCGCUCAUUGCUUCUUUGAUGCCUACAAUCGGAAGGUUCGCAUCGAUGACGUGCUCAUUAUCCUUGGGCAGUACAACCUUAAACGACCACAUGACCAAGGGACUCAAAUUGUUUAUCCAGAAAGCAUUAAUGUCCAUUCUAACUAUCGUAAAAACAACAACAUUGACUCCGACAUUGCAGUUGUAGUUCUAACCGAACCAGUCCGCUUUACAACCUACAUUCGCCCAGCUUGCCUGUGGAAGGAACCCAAUACAAAAGAUAGCAUUGUAGGCCUUAAAGGAUUCACAGCAGGAUGGGGUCGUGAUGAGAAUGGUAACUUCUAUACAGAGUUGCCGAAACAAGUGGAAAUUCCCGUCGUAUCAGAUGAGGAUUGUAUAAAUUCAAACAAAGUUUUUUCGGAGAUCACCUCCGAUGUAACUUUCUGCGCUGGUUGGCGAAAUGGUACGGAAGGUCCUUGCAAUGGUGACUCCGGAGGGCCACUUGUCUUUCAAAAAGAUGGCCGAUGGACCAUAAGAGGAGUUGUUUCUACAUCCUUAUCAACGGAUGGUGGCAAUACCUGUAAUCUCAAUGAAUAUGUUGUCUUCACUGAUGUUGCAAAAUUCAAGGAUUGGAUUUUAAGUUUUUCAGAUAAUUCGUAUCCUUUGUAAAAUAGGUCAUCUAAACUCGUCCCGUGAUUUCAUUCUGAUACUCUAUCUAUGCUGUACUUUAAAGUACAUACCUAAAUUUAAUAAAAUCCUCAAACAUUUUGCUUUUAUAUCAAUUUUCUUUCAAGUGAUAUGUAACUCUGUGUAUUUACAUAAAAUAAUAGAAUAGAUGAGAAGCAGUCUCACAGAAUAGGAAAUGAUUUGAAUGGAUAUUGCGGGUCUGCAUUUAUAAUUAAAUUUUGUAGUUUCAAAGUCUUUAUUAAAGAGAAAUAAAAUAAAGAAACUUCAGUAAACUCAAACAUAAA